CAGCUUUGCCGCUUUCAAACCGUGACGCAUCUAUCUGCAGGUCAUCUGCAGGCCGUCACUUUCCUCAUGUCAGCACUUUUCAACUUUCAAUCUCUGCUUUUGGUCAUCUUGUUGAUGAUCUGCACUUGCACCUACGUUCGCGCAGUUGCCCCACGUCUGGUCGAUAGAAACAAGGCAGGAUUCCUCGGACUAUUCUUUAUGUCUGCGCGGAUAGGAGAACGCCUUUCCCCAUACGUCGCAUUAGCAUGCAUAGCCAUGGCGGUGACAAUGAUCGUACAGUAAUCAUACAGGAUUAUAUUAUGUGUACAGUGAUGAAGUUGACCUAUUCGCCGUCCGCUCGACUACCGACGUGCCAUCACGGAACCGUGUUCGGAACAGUACGUUUGCAUUCGUGAAUAGGCCCUCUUUCAGUGAAACGACUAUAAAUUGAGAGCCCUUGAAACGAGUUCGGAAUAAGUGGCCAAUAUGCUGGGUAUGGGAAAGGUCGAGAGCGGCAUCGAUUUCAUCAAGAAUGUACAUGGGCGCCGGCUUGAAUUGGAGAAGAGCCAUAAUGAGAGAAAGCGCGAUCAAGGAGCUGCGAAACACUCGUCAGUCACAAUAUUUUACUGACAACUAUUCCGUACCGUUGGCCACCACUCAGUUCAGU